CUUUCAAUGGGCCGUUGCUGCUGUCGCUGCUGCUCUCCGCGCGGGUUGUGGAUGUUGUCGGCUCCGUGUUGUGAUGACAGGAGAAUGUGUGUGUGUCCCGGGCCCAGACGAAUUGGAAUCCCAGUCAGAACGUCCAGUCUGCCACUGUUCUCUGAUGCCAUGCCAGCACCAACUCAACUGUUUUUUCCUCUCGUCCGUAACUGUGAACUGAGCAGAAUCUAUGGCACUGCAUGUUACUGCCACCACAAACAUCUCUGCUGUUCACCACCGUACAUUCCUCAGAAUCGUCUGAGAUACACACCCCAUCCAGCAUAUGCUACCUUUUGUAGGCCAAGGGAGAACUGGUGGCAGUAUACUCAAGGAAGGAGAUAUGCUUCUACACCGCAGAAGUUUUACCUCACACCUCCACAGGUCAACAGCAUCCUUAAAGCUAAUGAAUACAGCUUCAAAGUACCAGAAUUUGAUGGCAAAAAUGUCAGUUCCAUUCUUGGAUUUGACAGCAAUCAACUGCCUGCAAAUGCACCCAUAGAGGACCGGAGAAGUGCAGCAACCUGCUUGCAGACCAGAGGGAUGCUCUUGGGGGUUUUCGAUGGUCAUGCAGGCUGUGCUUGUUCCCAGGCAGUCAGCGAAAGACUCUUCUAUUAUAUUGCUGUUUCCUUGUUGCCCCAUGAGACUUUGCUAGAGAUUGAAAAUGCAGUGGAGAGUGGUCGGGCACUGCUACCUAUCCUUCAAUGGCACAAGCACCCCAAUGAUUACUUCAGUAAGGAAGCAUCCAAACUGUAUUUCAACAGCUUGAGGACUUACUGGCAAGAACUCAUAGACCUCAAUACUGGAGAAUCAGCUGAUAUUGAUGUUAAGGAGGCUUUAAUUAAUGCUUUCAAGAGACUUGAUAAUGACAUUUCACUGGAGGCUCAAGUCGGUGAUCCUAAUUCUUUUCUAAAUUACCUGGUGCUUCGGGUAGCAUUUUCUGGGGCUACUGCUUGUGUGGCCCAUGUAGAUGGCGUUGACCUCCAUGUGGCUAACACUGGUGAUAGUAGAGCCAUGCUAGGUGUGCAAGAAGAAGAUGGCUCUUGGUCAGCAGUCACACUCUCUAACGACCACAAUGCUCAGAAUGAAAGAGAACUAGAGCGUCUGAAACUGGAACACCCCAAAAAUGAGGCCAAGAGCGUGGUAAAGCAGGACCGGCUGCUUGGCUUGCUGAUGCCCUUUAGGGCUUUUGGAGAUGUAAAGUUCAAAUGGAGCAUUGACCUUCAAAAGAGAGUGAUAGAGUCUGGCCCAGACCAGUUGAAUGACAAUGAAUACACCAAGUUUAUCCCUCCUAACUAUCAUACACCUCCUUAUCUUACUGCUGAGCCAGAGGUAACUUAUCACCGAUUAAGGCCACAGGAUAAAUUCCUAGUGUUAGCAACUGAUGGGUUGUGGGAGACUAUGCAUAGGCAGGAUGUGGUUAGGAUUGUGGGUGAAUACUUAACUGGUAUGCAUCACCAACAGCCAAUAGCUGUUGGUGGGUACAAGGUGACUCUGGGACAGAUGCAUGGCCUUUUAACAGAAAGGAGAGCAAAGAUGUCAUCAGUGUUUGAGGAUCAGAAUGCAGCAACCCAUCUCAUUCGCCAUGCUGUAGGCAAUAAUGAAUUUGGAGCUGUUGAUCAUGAACGACUCUCUAAAAUGCUUAGUCUUCCUGAAGAGCUUGCUCGGAUGUAUAGAGAUGACAUUACGAUCAUUGUAGUUCAGUUCAAUUCUCAUGUUGUAGGGGCAUAUCAAAACCAGGAACAGUAAGUGUAAUUACCCUGGCAGUUCUUCAGUUAGAAGGGCAGAUCGAUGUUUGAAAGAAACUUAUACAGUUAAUUUUCCAGUAGGUCAUUCUAAACACUUCAUGUUUGAUACUUUAGCUAGCCCAGUAUUCAUAUUGACUGUGCAGCAGAUGAUAGCUUCAUGAGUGUCUGUUCUGUUCUGUUGGACCUCAUGGUACCUGCACUUAAGGCAGCUUGUUUCCUUACCCAGGUGUCUUGUAACAGUGAGUGACUCACCAACUUAAGAGUAUGAAGAUAGGCAGACAGGAUCUUGAAUAGGUCAAAAACAAGGACCUUCCUGGGGAUAUUAGUAAAGGCAAAAACCAUUACCGUGUCCAUUUGCAGACUUCUGCCAUUAUAAGGCUUCUAGUGUACACAAGAAUAUUUAUUUACAGCAUUUUCUAAAAAGAUAAACAGUUCAGGUAAUCACAUACAUUUAUUUUAACCUAAAGUGCAGGUCCAGUACUUUAAGCCAUAAAUGACCAUGAACAAAGAAAUCUGGAUUUGUAAGUUUUGUGAUUUCCUAAAUGGAAAAAUUCUAAACUGUUCUUCCUUCCUCACCCAUGAUUUCCUCAGUGUAACAGUAAUAUUUUGUUUUGCUAUACCUAAAGGACAAUAAAGGUUCUUAGGUUUAAUUUAUCCUAGUGAAUGUUAAAUAAAGGGAAAAUGUGUUUUUCUGGUUUGUAUUCAUGAAAAACUCUUAUUUAGUUUGAAAUAAAGAUAUACGCAGAAUGAAAAGAGA